AGAGUUUAUUUGACCACUGCCCGAUUGUUUUUGGCUUGCUCUAGCGUUUAUCUUUCUUUAUUGACACUGUACUUAGUAACACUUUAGAAGGUUGGACUGUAUUAACAAAUAUUAAAAUAAUCGCAACAUUUUCGAAUUGUAACGGUAUUUAUAUGGAUCGAUUGGUGUUUUAAAUUCAGUAACUUGAAGGGCAUAGAAACGUAACCACUGAUAAGCAAAAAACGCUAAGACACCACAAUUUGGAAAAUGUCGAAUAAAGAAGUAUUAAUACGUACUAAGCACGAAAUUCUUGAAAAAAUGGAAAGUCGAAGCGCUUACAAUGUUUUAAAAGCUUUUGCGAGAAAUUCGAGAAAAGGAAUACAAUUUUUAGUUUGGGGCUUCUUUAUCACGACUUUUCAAUUGUUUUAUAUCCGAAUGUCAUAUAAUGUGAAUAGGAGCCCUUUAGAGGACACUGUCGAAAUAACAGUAAAUAAAAGUGCUAGUACAAAGCUUUUUAAUGUCACAGACUCAUACCUUAGCAUGGCAAAUGAUAAUGAAACGCAAACCAAAUACUUUAUCUACACAUCACAGUGUCGAAUUCCCUAUGUGGAUCCUUUCGACGGGGGUGUGUCAGAAUUCUUUAACCCAAAAGAUUUUAAAUACACCAAUUGUGCAAACGACGAAUCAUUCAUAACAAUCAACUAUCAGGUUCAUGGACGACAAUACCUUCUACACAUGAAUAUGGAGGCAAUAGAAAGAGCCGUUAAGCCGUUAAAUGCCAGCACGAGGGAUGUGCGCUGUUGCUAUCAGCAAAUAGUCAGAGCUGAAAUCGGUGGAAAGACUGACAGCAAUUAUAAGCUUUUAAAUUGCGUAAUAUUCCAUCAGAACUUUAUCGUGCCUCAACACAUCGAUUACAUAAUUACAGAGUGUUACGUUGAUAAGGAAUCAAAGAGAACUAUACAAAAGGACGCCUUUUCUUUUAUACAGACACCCACAGUGGUUCAGCUGAAAAAUGUUACCGGAUCUGCAAGUAAAAACCAAUCGGCGGUACUAGAUGCAAUUAAGCCAAGCGUUUUAUUGUUUGGCAUUGACGCUUUGUCGCGCAUAAACCUGCGACGCACUAUGCCACUGACAUUUAAGUACCUGCAAAGUAACCAAUGGUUUGAGAGUAAUAAUAAGAACGUUCGAUCUAUUACGUUCGAUCUAUUACUUUCGGAUCAUGGUAUGCGUUGGGGUCCAUUAUUGCAGUUAAAAUCAGGAUUCUUGGAAGAACGAUUACCCACAAUGUUUAUAUCGAUACCGUCGUGGUACCAAAACAAAUAUCCGGAUUUUAUGAAAAACCUACAAAUAAAUCAGCGGCGUUUAACGACACCCUAUGACAUUUAUGCGACCAUGAAACAUAUACUCGAGGUGGUUGAACCGGAAAAAGAAUUUCCUUACCUCAAUGGCACCAUACAUGGUGUAAGCAUUUUUCGUGAAAUACCAGAGGAUCGCACCUGUGAUAAUGCCGGCAUUCCCGAGCAUUGGUGCGCUUGUGUACCAUAUGAAAUUGUGCCCACAAGUGAUGAAGUCGCGAAGAAUGUAACGGCAUUAGUGUUAGGCGAAAUGAUUCAAUAUCUGGUUAAUAAAAAUAUUAGCGACAAAUGUGCCGAAUUAAAAUUAGAAACAAUCGACAGUUCUCAAACGAAAAUGAUCAAAAUACCGAAUGAGUCCACAUACCGUAUAAGUUUCGAAGCCAAUCCGGAAAAAGUGAGAUUUCAGGCUACGUUCGUUUAUAAUAUAACAACAAAUACAAUCAAAACAGACGUGGAAGAUAUCUCGCGUCUAGAUUCGUAUGCAAAAACUUCCAACUGCAUUGAUUUGAAAGAGGAAAAGAAAUAUUGCAUUUGUAACAAAUAAUGCUACGAAUACGAUUUGAGGAAAGCUUCGAAUAGUUUCAACCUCCCAAGAGGUAAAAGUGGAUGCAAAAUUUAUAAAUGUAAAUAGUAGUUUUAAAA